AUGAAGGCACCAGGGGAACGAAGAGACACAUCAAAGUGGUGCGACUUUCACUCUGACCAUGGUCAUAGAACAGAAGAUUGCAUCACGUUGAGAAUGGAAGUAAACGAGCUACUGAAAAAAGGUCACUUGAGAGAAUACUUGUCCGACAGGGCUAGGAGUCGCAUCGACGACAGAAGCAAUGACGAGGUGCAAAGAAAACCAUCUCCCUGCUCAAUCUCCAAGCAUGAUCGAAUCAUCAACGUGAUAUCGGGAGGAUCAGAGGUUAGUGGAAUUACUCAUUCUGCUGCUAAAAAGAGUACUAGAAUAGCUAGAACUCAUCAUGGAGAUGUCAAAGCUAUAUGCGAGCGACUGUCGAAGUGCACGAUUAGCUUUGCUUCAGAUGAAGAUAAGUGUGUCCUAGCUCCACAUCAUGAUGCAUUAGUCAUAUCUUUGACAAUCGCUAAUAGUCUGAUGAAAAGGACACUCGUUGAUAAUGGGAGUUCGACCAACAUUCUCUUCAUGGAUGCUUACAAAGGAUUAGGGCUGGAUGAGAAUGCACUGACGCGAAAAUCCACACCACUGGUAGGAUUUAGCGGUGAAGUAAAGCAGACCAUAGGAGAAGUGACGCUGCCUGUGUAUGCAGGAGGAAUUAACCGACAGACAAAGUUUCUGAUACUAGAUUGUGCUACUGCGUACAACGCAAUUAUGGGACGUCCCUGGAUUCAUGACAUGGGGGCAGUGCCAUCGACACUCCAUCAAACCAUAAAAUUUCCUACUCCAUGGGGAGUCAAAGAGAUCAAGGGAGAACAAGAGCAUGCACGUUCAUGCUACCAAACUACCCUAAAAGGGAAAGGUCAUGAGCUAUAUCAACUAGAGAUCCAAUCGUCGAUUCCACAUACCAAAGAAGCAGAGGUGGAACAACUCUGUGAGAUCCACUGA